AUGGCCAAGAAAGAAGUGCUGCGGCUCGCCAAUUAUUUGACGCCGCUGGACGUUGUCGUAUCGGCCUCCGAGGCUUGCCAGCUUCUGAGUGAACAUGACAUCUGGUUCAGAAGCUUUCUACAGCGCCGCCUGAGACUCAUGUUCAACACCUCGAAGCAUCUGGACGAUUCGGCGUUUUUGGGAUGCGUUCAACACGGCACGGUCUAUUCAAACUUUCUGGUGAAGAGCAUGUUUUUGUUGUGCUGUCAAAACUCGCGAAACCGCCGUGUAUUACCAGUCGCUGAUGUGGAACAAUCCGAUUUCGAAACCGACGAAGCCCAUUUGAAUGGAUCGGCAGCGGCAGCCGACGUGCCUGCAGAUGAUCACUUCUCUGUGUCACAAGAUGAGCCACCAGCAGAGGAGACGAAGGUGCCCGAGACACCGCCAUCGGAUGACUGGGCUGUGGCUGAACAACCCACGACCGAAGAGUUCGCCGAGCCGACGGAGUCACUGAUAGAAUGGGCUGAGAUCAAAGAGAGUGACCCGGCGGACUAUAUUCCUGAGGCUCUGCCAGAGACCUGCCCUCAGCAGGACACGAACUUGAUUCAGUCUACAAAACAGUCUAAGAAGGAUAAGAAGAAGUCGAAAAAGGCCAAAGCCUUGGAGAGAAACGAAGGUGUCUUGAUAGAUAAUGGGGUAGAGCUUGUGUCGGAGCCGGGGCCAGAGCCGGAAGCUGUACCAGAGGUCGAGGCAGAUCCUGGGGCCCUUUGGGGUGAGCUGCCCAAGCCCAAGAAGAAGAAGAAGGAGAAGAAAGUUGAGGGAGGAAAUACGAAGAAAAACAAGAAUCAGGAAAAUGUUCCGGACGCCCCAAACCCAGAGUCCGGCACAGAACCGGGCGCGGAAACCUCAACGAUGACGGUGGUAAACCCCUGGGGGUUUCUGCCGAAGAAGAAGACGUUGACGAGGGAGCGAAUGAUUAUGCCCGAGUUAGGAUGUCCUGAUAGGAACGCACUCAUUUAG